AUGGUGUGCCGGGGCCAGGGCCAAAAGGUACAGAAGGUGAUGGUGCAGCCCAUCAACCUCAUCUUCAGACACUUAGAAAAUAGAUCUCGGAUUCAGGUGUGGCCUUAUGAGCAAGUGAAUAUGCAGAUAGAGGGCUGUAUCAUUCGUUUUGAUGAGUAUAUGAACCUCGUAUUAGAUGAUGCAGAAGAGAUUCAUUCUAAAACAAAGUCAAGAAAACAACUAGGUCGGAUCAUGCUGAAAGGAGAUAUUACUCUGCUCCAGUGUCUCCACCUAGAAAUGACUUAAUGAAGUGAGGAAUUACUGAGAAGCAAUACAGUUUGUGUUUUUUGGUG